AGAACAUGUCCGAUGCGGAUGAACAUGGCUCGAGUUUUGAGAGCAAAUCUGAGGCCCAGCGUGCCUGGCUCCUCGUCUUCCAACUCGUUCUCCAAAAACAAUGUCGUUUCUUAAUCGAGAACGCCAAGCUCCCGGCUGAUAUUGAGUGUGUGGUGAGGGAUCUAUGGACGCUCCAGUUGUUCACCCCGUCGGCGAGGAUUUUAUUCGAUCAUCACCGACAUGACUUCCCACCAUCACCGUCAACAAGGAGCGUCCACUCCUUCCGGUCUGGGCCGUCUCGUAGAGACCCGCUUGAACAUGGUUAUCCCUCAGUAAAUGACGAGGUCCGUUUGUCGGGUUAUUCCCAGCAUGGAGACUCGCUCGAUCUACCAUCGUCACCGCCGCUUGACCAUCGGCUCGAGCAGACGAAGAGAUUUCGGGCACAGGCGAGCUCAUCCGAUCCUCCCGAGCUGCCACAUGGCUAUCCACCAUCCACCCCUCCUAUUCGCCUGCCAUCCAGUCCUGAAGAUGACUCCGACGCGGGGCCCUAUGGCGACUUUGACAGGUCGGAGCAAAGAAGUGAUCCCGCGAUGGCGCUCCGAGGGAUUGUCAGCCGUUUAUUGGGGUCUCACCGCAGACAUGCUCGCAGUUUCAGCGCUCUCGCUAGCAGCGUCCAUGAGUUCUCACAAUCGGAAACGCCGGGUGUGAGAUCAUACCAGCCGUCCGCAGUCCCCGAUUUCUCCGACCCCCCCCGACUGAUUGAUUCCCUGGCCAUCUGCUACUUGGCUUGUCGACUGCUUCGACUCCCCGUCCGCAUCGCAGAUCUGCACUACUGGGCCGAUUCAUGGGAUCUGGUGUUUUGUCGCGCCGACGAGGGCGUACCUCAAGACCUUCGCACCAAGUUGGACCAAAGGGGCCGAUCCGCUCUGGCAAUUCCAGCUCUAUUGCCAGACAAACUUCAACGGGCCAUCCUUGACUCGCAAAUCGCCUACCAGACCCGCUUCCACAUCACGUUCCCGGCUCCCGACUGGCCGGUCGUCACGCUACAGUAUCUGGGUGAUCUCGGUCUCCCCAUCGAGGUCUACUCUGCGGUGAAAAGUCUUCGUGCCUUUGUGCUUCCCCAAUCCACCCUUGCGAUGCCAGACGAUCGGCGUCCACGGAUCGAGGAUAUGCCAGAAUGCCGAAUUGCAGGACUCCUCGUCAUUGCAGUGGCUCUUCUAUUCCCUUUCUCUCCCCUCCCCGAUGACGACAUGGAUUGGGACGAUACCGACGAUUCCUCGACAUUUUCAGAUGCAUCUCACUUGCCUGACGCCGACGGGCAUGACAAUUUAUGUCAAUCGGAUCCAAUGACAUCUAAUACUGGGCAUCCUAGUCCACAGGACGAUGACACGGUCGACUACCGAGCUGGCCUCAAUUUAGAUGAGUCGGAAACGACAAUUACUGGCGCCAUCGACACCGAGCCAUUUUUCAAUUGGGAGGAAUGGCUACAAGACCGAGCUGAGUAUCACCGUUGCCGCAUUUCCAAAACCGGGAAGCUGGGCAUGUCACGGAUACGCCAGAUAACCCGCCCUUCCGCCAUGGCCGAAGUAGCACCUGUCGAAAUCGAUGCCUACAUGAAAUGGUAUCACCAUAUCUAUACGACCCCACGUUCCCAGCGCAAAUUCCGACAACGCCGAAGGAAUCUCUUGACCGCUUUAAUGAAGACCUUCACAGUUGCAGGGUCGGACCAGCAGAGUGGAUCGGCGCACCCGUUUUUUAGUCUUCGUGAGCACCAGGAAUUGAUCACGCAUGGUCUGAAACGGCUGUUGGAUAGUUGCGACUGCCUCCACCCGAUUACCCUAGGAGUCUCUCGGGGCGAAGGGGUCGAUCUGCCUACGCGGGACGCGAGUAUCAGGGGCAUCGCCACGGAAACCCGACAGCCCUUGGCAGAGGCGGUUGUAUCCCAAGAGCGGAAUUCAUUUCCAGUGAAUGAUCAUCUCUCAAGGCGCAGUCAUUGUAGAGAACGUGGAGAGACCGCCGAUCCUGCCCAUACCGACGUGGCACACGUCAAAGGGGGUCGUUCGAUUCCAAUCGCGAGACGGUCAGAUCGGCUCGCUCAACCGCCCACACAGGUUCCCGUUGUAGAGUCAGGCUCUAACAUGCCUUCCAAAGCGCCGGGUUUCAGCAAAUGGAAGGACAUCCGAAGACCCCGGUUGGAGGCACGUUUGGCAACAAGGGAGCGCUUUCGGGAUGGGUGGCAAGAUGAAGUUCCCGAGCAAGGUGGUAGGUCCGCAGAGAGUGAAGAGGAGCUUCUCGAUGAUUUGGAUUUCGAAGGCGAAUGGGUCGAUCAAAAUGAACCACCGGAAGUCCAACCGUUAGGGCAGGAUCCUCGAGAUGCAACAGACCCCAAGGAGUUAGCUCGUCGGAAAGGGAAAGUACUUUCCAGCGCCUUUAUCCACGAAGUGGCGCGUGUUUCCGCACUGUCAUCCGAGACUCUCGCUAAGGCUGUAACUACCAUGGCACGGGACUUGGAAGCCAAGCUCGGAGCGGAGUCCCCGUCGAGUUCAGAUCCGUUUUUGGGGGAAGCAUGGCGAGUCGAUGAUGAUGGGGACGUUGGUCCCGGUUCUUCUCAACUUGACGACAUGCGAGAAGCAUUCCGGCGCUUGCAAACGGAGACCUCCGACCUGAGUGAAAUCGAGAUAUCGACCGCCCAUGUCAAUCCAAGGUCUCCUUCAAACCAUUCAGUCGAGUCCCCGAUCGCAAACUAUGACACGGAUGAGGAGGAUACAUUGUUUCAAAGAGUCUUUGAAAAUCGCCGAGAUUCAUAUGCCAGUCACGGAACGAUGGCAGGGUCGACACAUCCAGGUAGCCGCAAACGAUCGACAUCGAGACGAGAUCCGAUCUUCACCCAGUCUUCUCGAAUCGACUCAGAGCCAAGGUUGGACAUUCCGAAUGAUCCGACCAUGUUGAUGGACCUUGACGGUCCCGAUCUUGGACGUGGGGAACAUGUCGAAAGCGGUAUGGGCGAUCACGAUGAAGCGCAGUUUUCGCAGGGCGUGGAACCCACAUUGAACCAUCCAUGGUGGAGAGGAUGGCACGAUGCAGAGACAGGGCAGCAUGACAAUGCGAUGAUUGACAAGAAGGAUGAGGGAGAGCCGUUCAGAGAUGUGGGGUCGGAUAUUCGAAGCGAUCUCGAAAAAGGCAGGGCAUGGCGGGAGGUGCAGGAUAAAUACAGGGAUUUCUACAAGCCUGGGUGACUCUCCAGCCCAGGGCUGUCGGCGCUGGCUAUGGUUAACGAGCACUAUAUCGAUUAUGAAUUAAUGGAAGAUGGUGAAUUUCAGAGUACAUCUCUACAGCCCUUCCGGAUCCUCCACGCGCAACCCCUCGAGUACACUGGGUUCCAUACGGACGCCCACCGCUUCUCCGCAAC